AUGUCAACAGACACAGCUAUGGCACGAGCCAUGGCGCUGCCCGAGAUAUUAUCCGAAGUCUUCGCUAUUCUCCGUGAGGACUUUCCCAGUCUAGCAUCGGCAGCUCGAGCAAACAGUCUAUGGUUUGCUUGCGCGACUGAUAUUCUGUGGAGCCAGGUCAAAGGCGAUGCCAUCACCAGCAUCGCCAAUAUCGCCGAUAAUAGUCGUCGACAGUUAUACGCUUCCAAGGUCGAGGGUAUCACAUUUGAUGGCAACAAACGUGACUUGCCAACAGACUUACCCGACCUUCACUUCAACAAGAUCAAGUCAAUUGACUUUAGUUCAUACUGGCUCCCGCAGGGCAGCGAACAUUUAAUUAAACCAUACAUCCAACCAAGCCUGGAAAGUUUUAUUUUUUACGGCGAGGACUUUGUUGACGAGAUACUCCUUCAGCUUCAAUCCACAUGCCACCGUCUUCAGGUGCUCCUUAUAGAUAGCACGGAAACGGAUUUCAGGAAGCCAAAACUCACCGGGGAAACGCUUUUCAGAUUCAUCUCUCAAACAAAAACACUCCGCGACCUGAGUCUUUGCUGCGGGGGGAUCUCAGAUGACCUCUUCCUUUAUGUUUCGGGACUAGAAAAUCUAUCCGCAUUGAGCUGGUGCAAGGACGUAACGCCCGAGUUGUUAUCGAGGACUGUCGCCCAGAACCCGAACCCUUUUCUCUCUCUCGAUUCGUUCUCCUUGCCAUAUGCGCUCUCGUCGAUAACUGUAUCUUAUAUUGCGACGAUGCUCCCCCAUCUCACCAAAAUACAUUUGGAAUUUGGAGACAGUGAAUACGAUAUGCUGACGCCGCUUUCGACAAUCGAAAACUUGACCCAGCUCGAAUGCACAUUUCAUUGCAAUGCCUCAUUUCCCGCACCACAACUACUGUCGCUCAAAGCCCUUAGCAAGCUAACAAAGCUAUCUAUCCGGUUUGGGGUCGACUUUGACCGCCGUGAUACGAUAAGCCCGUUCAGUGACGCAGAGUUCCACGAGUUGAUAUCCACACUCCCUGGUCUGCAGUGUCUGGAGAUGGAAUUCAACUGCGAUCUCACCGCUGCAGCGCUGCUGUCUCUCUCGGUAUGCCCUAGACUUGACCACUUUUCCAUGCGAAAGGGACCGCGUUUUGAUCUGAGGUCUUUGCUGGCCCAGGCCGGGGAAGAGCCCCUACACCCGCAUUUGGGAACACUUUACCUGGCGCAGAUUUCGACAGACAACACGGACUAUACGUCUAUAUCUGCUCGUGACUUGGCUUGUCAAAUCAUAAGGUAUUUUCCGAGGUUGGAGGAUUUCGAUACUGACGAUAUGGAUCGCGUUGUUGACGAGUUUUGGAUCGUGAUGGCACUUCGUGAAUCCCCCCCUCUGUUUCCUCAUUGA